CUUAUCAAACGCUCCAACUUCCGAACAUGUGAAAUGCAAUAACAAUAUUCAAAAUUUCAAAUAUUAAAACCAGUAACAAAUUAAUUUCUAGUAUCAUAUAAAUAUAAUUGAUUAAGAACCUAUUGUCGAACUAACUAUAGAUUGUCAUUAGCUGUUAAAUAUUUCUAAUAAUGCAAAACUCAAGUACUUAUGCUGAAUUUAUUGGCAGAAAGGUGAACAAAGUGAGAUGGAAGCCCGAAGAUCUGAUGGCGUCGACAAUGUUUGUCACAGGAUCUUGGGACAAUGAAAAUGUAAUAGGAUCAUUACUAAAUAUAUCUGUGAACUUUUCGUUUAAACUGAAUGUUUUAGGAUAACGUUUUGGAAUUGUGGGGACUAACGUCUGGAAAUGGUAAUUCGGCUAUAGACUUCCCUCCAAAACUAUUGGAUUCUAAGGAACAAAAUGGAGAUGUAACACAAAUUAAGGUAAUAACGAAUAACUUUUAAAAUUAUUUGCAUUGUAUUAUUGUUAAUAGAUCCAUUAUUUUUUAAGUUUUUGGAUAACAAAUUUGUUGCUGUAAGUACAGAUAGUGGAACAGUAAAAUUGUAUCGUAUAAUUGGUGAGAAUGAAGCGCCCACUGUUCAUUUAGAAGAAGUUACAUCUUGGGAAAAUCUGCAUUCAUAUGGGUAUGUACUAUAUUUAUAGUUUUGUAGGUAUUCACUAUACAGUUGUAAACAUAUUUGCGUAUUUGUUUUUAUAUACAACUAUUUAUAUUUUUACUAUGUUAAAUAUAAUAAUAAUAAAACUGAGUUGUCUAAUAAUUAAACAUAAUUUGAAUUGUCUGAAAUUAGUUAAAUUUAAAGUUAAUUUAUUGUAUAAGAGAUCAACUUUUUUUUUUAAAAAUUUUAAACAAAGUUUACUCAAACCAUAUAAUUUUCAAAAAUUAAUUUUAAAUAAAAAUGUAUGUAGAAAAUGAUUAAUAAUACUGAAACUUUUAAAUCCUAUAAUGGUAAUCUUGUAUCUUACAAACAAGUUAGGAAUUAUUAUUGAAUUUCACAAAUAACAAUGUACAACAUUUUUAAGAGAUAGCCAUAAUUUGUUAAACAUGUUAUUCAUUUUAAUACAAAUAAUAAGAGAUUGAGAUAAUAGAUACUAUAAAAAUCAGAGCUUUUAAUAUUCUGUCUUGACUUCAAUCUUUAACGCAAUGUUAGUAAAAUGUAAAAAUUAGUGUAGGUAUUUAUAAAUUUAAUAAAGGUAAUAAUGUUAUAAAUAAUAAUUGAUUUACCUCCUAGCGAUCAUGCCUUUUAAACUGUUAUUGAUGGUCACACCACAAUGUUAACACUGCCAUUAAUUUGUUUAAUUUUAGUGUAGAUUUAAAUUGCCAUUGUAUUUUGCAUAAAACCAUGCUGAGGAAUCUACAUUUUCAAACACUUAGUUAAUUUAUCUAAAUAACUUUAUUAAAACAUAUUAAACAAAUUAAAAUUUAACUUGGAAUAUUUUUUAUUCAAUAUUAGGUCAUGGCAUGCACAAAUACCUUAUAAUUGACUACUGAUGAAUUCAAGUGGACUCAUAAAUUUGAGAACUAUUGAAAAUAGAUUUUACGUAUAUAGUGUAACAAUAGCGAGGGAUCUCACUAAAUUGUAAAUUAAAGAAACAGUUUUCCCAAAAAGCGCGAUGAAAAAAAACACCAUCUGCUUGACCGUUAGGUUAAAAUUAUCAAUUGUUGCCAAUAAUUAUUUUUUAUACAGGAUGAUUCACUAAGCGCGCUCGCCCUAUUAUUUUGGGUAAAUUUUGCGUGAAAAACUCAUUCUAAUUUUUGGAAUUUUUAAAUAUAGUUAAAGUUGAUAUUUUUUUUUGAAUCCUUAGAUUUUUCACCAUAUUUAAUGAGUAUUCUGUGGCGUUACCAAUUUUGGUUUUUCAAAUGAGAACCUAUAUUAAAAAUUCCCUAAAUAGACUGAGUAUUAUUUUAGUGACAACAUUUUUGAUUUUCCGUCACCCAUUAACAAGAUGUUCUAUUUUUAGUUUAGGUAGGAGGAAAGUGAGGGAGUAUCAUUUGUGUGACGGCAGUUUAUUUGUGCUCCAUUACUCUCCCUCUACCCAAACUUAAAAGUGAAAUAUAUUGUCACCAGGUUGACGGAAAUAAAAAAUUUGAACACCAACAUUUGUUUAAAGUAAUGCACCAUCUAUUUAUGAAAUUAUUAAUAUAAGUUCUCAUUUGAAAAACUAAAGUUAGUAUCAACACUAGAUACUCCUUAAAUACUGUGAAAAAUCUAAGUAUUUGAAAAAAUACUGGCUUUAACUACACUUAAAAAUUCCAAAAAUCAGAAUUUGAAUAUAAUGCGCAAAGUUUAACCAAAGAAUGGGGUUAGCACGCUUAGUAAAUCACCACGUAUAAGGUAAGAGUGUCAAAAAAAAAUAAUAUAGUAUUAUUACUACACCACUCAGAGCAGUUUUUUAUUUACAAUGUUUUAUCGUUACAUAAUAUAUAUAUAUAAAUAAAAUUGCCCUAAAUAUCAUUCAUCUGCCCAACUACUACCUACAAUAGUAGGCUACUUGUUAGCUGUUUCACCUUUUUUUUAUUUAUAUUAAUUACUUCACCAAAAAUUUUAUAGUAUUUUAGAUAAUACCUUAUUUUAACUGUAAUAUAAACUUAAAAUAUUAAUAACCAUACCAUCACAGAUCAAUAACAUUGUUUUAAUAUCAAAAUUAUAAUAUUUUUAUUUAUGAAAUAAAAGCGUAAGUAUAAAUAUUUAAGAACAUGAAGGGUACUUGAUUUUAUUUUUGGUGUAUUAAACAUAAAAUUAUCAUAAUGAUAAGUUUUUGUAUUGAUUAAAAUGGUAUAUAAAAGAUAUGUUUUAAAUUGUUUAUAGUAAAAAAAACAAAUGCGCUUGCACAGAUCUUGCUGUCUGCAACUAUUUAUUAGCAACGAUUGGUGCUGAUCAUAAACUUAACAUCAUAUCAUUGAACACUAAACAAGUUCAUCAGGUUGUAGGUCAGUACAUUUUUAAUAUAGUUAAAUAAUUACCCACAUUAAUGAAUUGUUAAUAAUAAUUUUCUAGAGGAAAUAAGUAGCUCACUUUUAACAUGUGUUUGUUUCUUAACUGACACUCAAGUACUCUGCUGCAAUUCAUUAAGUCAAAUGAAACUUUGGGAUUUAAGAGUUAAUAAAAGUGACAUAACAGCUGAUAUCAACAAUUUCUCUCAGGUUUGUAUCCAAUAUUAUGUUAUAUUGUACAGAAAACCAUUAAAUUACAAAUGUAUUUGAAUUUUAGAACCAAAUGGCAAUUGGAUGCAUCGCACAACACCCUAGUCAAAAGCAUUUAAUUUUCACUGGUUCUGAGGAAGGAGAUGUUGGUGUUUGGGACAUGAGAACCAACAGUUUGUUGACAACAAUGAGUAGUGGUGACCCCUCAUCAAUUACUGAAUUGGCAUUUCACCCUUUGGAACCAGACCAUUUAUUUUCGUGUUCUUCUGGAGGAAAACUGUUGCAAUGGAGUUCUAAGAAGUCAUAUUUGUGUCAAAUUGAUCCUGGUAUGUUGAUUAAUUAUUGUACUUUGAAUAAUAUUUCAAUAUUUAAUUUCAUUGUGGUAUAAUUGUUAUUGUAUUUUAGGAGAUUUGGAAUAUUCUAACUUUUGGAUCAAUACGGACAAAGUAAAAACAAAAUUGACAGUCAACACUGUAAUGCAACCAAUUUGCGAUCCCAUUAAUUCAUUGGAUAUACAGAAACAACAACUCAUAUGUGGUGCUGAUGAUGAAGCAGUUUACUUUAAACAAAAUUUAAAUUUAUAAUAAACUACAUUAUCCAUUUGUUUAUAAACAUUUUAUGUUACAUAAAAUUAUUAUUUUACCAUUGAAUUAUAUUAUUUUCCUUCUCAUCUUAUCUUAUACAAUGAAAUAAUGUGAAAUAUUUAAUUGUACAAUAAUUUAAUACAUUUGUAUUCAAAAAAUAAUUGAAACAUACAAUUAAAUAAAUUAAGAGAUAAUUAUGGC